GGUAUGCUGUUCCUCCACCGACAUCACAGCCAAACUAUUCGAGCACGUACACCAUUAUUCAGCAGCCUGUUGCCACCACUUCUGUAGUAGUAGUUGGUGGCUGUCCAGCCUGCAGGGUUGGCGUGUUGGAGGACACCUUCACCUGUCUUGGUGUUCUGUGUGCCAUUGUAUUCUUUCCAAUUGGGAUUCUGUUCUGUCUUGCACUGAGGCAGAGAAGAUGCCCUAAUUGUGGGGCAGCUUUUGGUUAA